CUGCGUGGUUCGUUUUGCCCCAGCAUGGUGCCAUUGCAGGCACGCGGUAACUCCUUGCACCAUGCUCCUGAGUGGAAGGGAGAGAUGAGUGCCGUGGAGUAAUCCCGUCUUUGAAUUGCACUCGCUGCCACUCUGAUCUGAAGAAGUAUCUGGAACUGUGUCACGGGAGCUGUUCUGUCCUGCGCUUCUUUGCAGCCAUGCCUGUGGGUGACAGUGAUCCAGCUUCCCGGCUGGGUUCCAGGACUGAGCCUCUGGGAGAUGGCAUGGUUACAGAAGUGCCCGUAGGGAGGACUUUUCCAGCUCCUCGGCUGGAUGCUGCGCUAGAGCCCAGCUGGCAUCGCAGGGGUCCUCCAAGAGCAAAGCCCCAAGCUGAAGGAGGAAAAAAGUCCCCAGAGGCAUCUGAAGUCCUGAGGCAGAUGCUGGAGGAACUGGAGAGAGGACACGAGUCGGAACGAGAGGCUGUGCGGAAGGAGGCGUUUCCAGAAGGAAGCAGUGGCUCUCUACCAGUCUCUGCCAAAGAAACGGAGGCGAUGAAAGCCACCGGCACGCCAGCGCUGUCAAAGCCCGGAGAAGACCACCACGGCGGCGUAUAUGAAUUUUUUCGAACGGACUCAGAUGUGGUCGGCGAGAGAACCACAAGUGUUUACAGUCCCAGAGCAAUGCCCAGAGCUCCGCAAGCGUCUUCUGUCCUCAAGACGUGCGAAGGAACUGAUCCUCUCAAGGUCGACGGCUUCCCGACUUCUUGGUCUAUUCCUGUCCUCGAGCCUGAGAGCAAUCCCACAGUGCCCGGAAAACAGCGCAGAGCUGGGGGCUCAGCCCGGGUGGGACUGUGUCCCAGCCCUUGGACGGAGCUGCCCGACGGGACGGGCUCCCCAACCCGGGAGGGCAGCUCCCCUGGCUGUGCUCCAGUGCCCCUCCACGAGCACCUGAGAGCCAUCCCCACGCAGCCUCGGCCUGGCUGUGAGAUGAGGGCGGUGGCAACGGUUAUCCAGCUUCUCGGCUGGACGUUGGUUUUGGAGCCCUUGCGGCACCCUGGAGCCAUGCCUGUGGGUGACAGUGAUCCAGCUUCCCGGCUGGGUUCCAGGACUGAGCCUCUGGGAGAUGGCAUGGUUACAGAAGUGCCCGUAGGGAGGACUCUUCCAGCUCCUCGGCUGGACGCUCCGUUACAGCCCAGCUGGCAUCGCAGGGGUCCUCCAAGAGCAAAGUCCCAAGCCGAAGGAGGAAAAAAGUCCCCGGAGCCAUCUGAAGUCCUGAGGCAGAUGCUGGAGGAACUGGAGAGAGGACACGAGUCGGAACGAGAGGCUGUGCGGAAGGAGGCGUUUCCAGAAGGAAGCAGUGGCUCUCUACCAGUCUCUGCCAAAGAAACGGAGGCGAUGAAAGCCACCGGCACGCCAGCGCUGUCAAAGCCCGGAGAAGACCACCACGGCGGCGUAUAUGAAUUUUUUCGAACGGACUCAGGUACUGAGCAGUCUUGCUGGGGUCCCUAA